AUGGGUUUAAUAGUGGUUAAUUUCAAUGAUGAAGCAACAAGGGACCAUGUUCUAGAGAAUGGCAUAAUCCAGUUUGACAGGAAACCUGUAAUUAUUCGACCAUGGACAACAGAUCUGAGUGCUGUUCGUCUAGUUCGCUCUGUUCUACUUUGGAUUCGUCUACAAGAUCUGGGUCUUCAGUAUUGGGGCAGUAAAUGUCUUAGUGCCCUUGUUAGUAUAAUAGGCAAGCCAAUAAUGGUAGACAAAUACACAAGAGAACGCUCACGUAUUCAGUUCACUCGGGUGCUAGUUGAGAUGGAAGUUACGGAUAACCCUCCUACAAGUAUUCAGUAUAUUAAUGAACAUGGUCAAAUCAUGGAGCAAGGAGUUGAAUAUGAAUGGUUGCCAAUUAAAUGCAAGAACUGUACUGGUUUUGGUCAUUCAAUGACAGAUUGUAGGAAGACUAAGAAUGCUCAGUGGGUCAUGAAGGAAACCAAGUUAAAUAAGGAUGAAAAAGCUCAGAGUUCAGCUGGUUUUAAAGCUGUAGAAUCGAAGGGUACUGAGAUUCAUGUGGAUACUGAUAAGGUUGUAGAUCAGACUAGUUCAGAAGAAGUCAAGACACAGACUGAUAAGGGUGACCCUCUUUUACCAGAUAAGGAGGUUUCAGCUGGGACUAGGGACAUUAAUCAGGCAAGCCAUCUAUGGCAUACUCCGAAAAAGGUUGCUGCUCAUUCAAAGGAGGGACAGGGAUCUGGUAAAAAUGCUAAGGUGACUGGGCAAACGAACAAGAGUUUGAACAAAUUUAUUGUGCUCCAAGAGGACCGGUUGAGUGGUAAGGUGACAAUUCUCUUUCAAUUUCUUCAAAUGGAUAGUAGUAAUAUAAUGAGUUGGAAUGUAAGAGGGCUUAAUGGAAUUAAUAAACAUGGCCCUAUUAGUGAUCUUUGUAAGAGUCCAGAAAUUGAAGGGCGUCUUUUGAUUGUUUGGAGGAAGUCUUUUGUGAAGGUUACUAUCUUAGAGGAAUCAAAUCAGUUUAUUCAUUGUUUGGUUAAGUUGAUUGGUGUGCAGCAGAGUUUUGGAGUAACUUUUGUCUAUGGAAUGAAUUCUAUAGAAGGAAGGAGAAGCCUUUGGGAGGGGCUAAGAAGGCCUUUUCUUAAGGACACAGCUUGGAUUUAUCUAGGGGAUUUCAAUGCCCCUUUUACAGCUAGAAUCUAUACUAAAAUUGAUCAUGUUCUCAUUAAUGAGAAGUGGGUGGACUUAUUUCCUCAAGCUACAGCUAUGUUCAGUUGGGAAGCAUUUUCUGAUUCUUCAGGUUCAAGAGAAGCUGGGAAUAAAGAUGUUUCGAUUCUUCAAUUAUUGGAUAGAGCAUCCAGAUUUUCAUAUUCAGAUAAGAUAGGUGACCUGAAGGUUAAAUUCUAUAAAGCUAAAGAGACCUUUCAAGUAGCUCGUUUACAAGCUCAAGCCUAUCCCGAUGUAUUGGAUUUUCAGGAAGCUGAAAAGGAAGUUGCUGAGGCUUAUUCAAAGCGUAAAGCGGAGAAUGGUAUUGUCUAUUUCAUAGCUGAAGAUGGAAAAAUGGUGGAUAAUUUCUCAGAUGUGGUCUCUCAUUAUGUGGGGCAUUUUAGAGACUUUUUGGGCAGCUCUAGUUCGGCCUCAGGGAGUAUUAAUACUCAGAUAGUAGAGAUGGGACCUCAACUAUCAGUUUUGCAGCAAAUGAAACUCCUUAAACCUUUUUCUAGGAAGGAGAUUAGGGAGGCUCUCUUCAGUAUUCCUAUAACCAAGUCUCCGGGUUCGGAUGGGUUUGGUUCUGGAUUUUUUAUAGCAGUUUGGAAUGACAUUGGGGAUGAGGUGUGCGAAGCAAUUACCCACUGUUUUGAAUCAGGUAUUUUCCCUUCUGAGCUCCACGAAACAACCUUAUCUUUGAUUCCUAAGGUUGCCAAUCCUUCAAGGGCUGUAGAUUAUAGACCCAUCGCUUGUUUCUCAACAUUAUAUAAGUGUAUGUCGAAGCUGAUUUGUAAGAGAUUGGCCAAUAUUCUUCCUGAUCUUAUUCAACCUAAUCAGCAAGCAUUUGUCAAGGGUCGGUCUAUUGCCCACAAUAUUAUGAUAUUCCAAGAUCUUAUCAAAAACUAUGGGAGAGCUACUACUUCAUCGAGAUGUGCUAUCAAAAUAGACCUCAGAAAGGCCUAUGACAUGGUUGAUUGGGUCUUCCUUGAGAACCUGUUGAAAGCUUUGAAAUUUCCUAUGAAAUUUAUUGGUUGGGUCAUGGCUUGUGUAAGGAAUACAUCUUAUUUUCUCUUGAUGAAUGGUAGGAUUCAGGGUAAAUUUAAAGGAGGGAAAGGGCUGAGAUAA